GAUUUUAUAUAUAAAAUUUAAAUCAGUUUACCUUUUGGUAACCAUGUCGAUUGGUGUCGACAACGGACGACAUAUCACUUUAGUCAACCGCAAACACAGACAUUUAGUGUGAAUCUUCAAAAGUUUUAAAACAAAAUAUUUGCAAAAAAAAAAAUUAGUUGGUUCGUUUUUUUCUGAACUGGAGGAAUUCCUCCUCCUAUAAAAAAAAUCCUUGACAUUGAGUUUUGAUGAAGUUUUAUUGGUUUCAAAUUAAUGGUCAAAUAAAUUCAUCUUCAAAGAGUGGACAUCUAACGUGACAAGAGCCUCCCACAGGGGCCUCGGAUCAACUCUAACACACAUCACAUCUAGAGCCGUUUAAAUAAAAUAUGAAUCAAUUUGAACAAUUAUUAACAUGCGCCAUUUGUCUCGAUCGAUAUAGAAAUCCAAAACUUCUACCAUGUCAGCACAGUUUUUGUAUGGAACCAUGUAUGGACGGCUUAGUGGACUAUGUUCGUCGACAGGUAAAAUGUCCAGAAUGCCGAGCCGAACACAGAAUACCCUAUCAAGGGGUUCAAGCAUUUCCAACGAAUGUCACAUUAAAAAGAUUUUUGGAUCUCCAUAUCGAAAUAACGGGCGAAUUACCAGAUCCAACAAGUGGUCAAAUUAUGGAACGUUGCAGUGUAUGCUCAGAAAAAGCAUACCUUGCAAUGUGCCAGCAUUGCGAAAAGAAAAUAUGCCCCGAAUGUAAAGGAGCACAUAUGGAUAUACUGCGUCGAGAAAUAGCACGAAUAAAUAAUCAGGUGCGACGUGGUCUGCACAAAUUACAAGAUACUUUAGCUCUAGUCGAAAAGAAUACGUUAGCAGUUCAAACGAAUUGUACGUCGGUAUCCGAAGAAGUCGAUGAAAUCUAUCGACGUUUAUCGAAAGCGUUAAAAGAUCGUACUGAAUAUUUACGUGGUGAAAUCGAUAAAUAUUUGGGUACUGAAAUACGGAAUUUUUCAACGCUGAAAGAUAAUUUAGAAAUGGAAAUAUCAAAUAUUCAAAGCAAUUGUGAUUUGGCCGAUAAAUACAUGAAUGAGAAUGUUGAAUGGGACGACUGUGAACUAAUGGACGCUAAAGAUAUCUUCUUAAAGACUGUUGAUUUUAUACGAAACUUCGAAUUAGAAACAGGGGAUUACACACGUAAAGUGCGAUUUAUGAUGUCACACGAUCCAAAUCAAUUGGUUAUCCAUGUUGCCGGAUACGGUGAAUUAAAUAUAAAUCAAGGUCAUGCAGGAGGAAUUGGAGGCCAUGGAACUGUAACAGGCGGAGGUAGUGCUGCCAAUUUGUUGCAACCUCCUGGCGGUGGACCUGGAUUAAUGCGAUCUAAAAGUGAUCAUAGAUUAGCAUCACAGUUCCGUCAACAAGAAGAAAGAGGUUUCGAUGAUCCAGAGGGACCACCAAGAAAAUUUGGUGAACCAAGACCACCACGUGGAGAUCGUUACAGUAGUCGUUAUGGACGUGGCGCAGAAGAUUAUGGUGCCGAUUAUGAUUAUGAAAAUGAUCCAAAUCGUCCACCAAGAUCACGUUAUCGAUCGCGAUUUGCACGUCAUGGACAAGAUAAUGAUUCCGAUAACGACACACAAACUAAUCGUGGAGUACGCUUCACGGAUCAACAACCAAAGGAGCGUGAAAGAGUCCUUGAUACAGAAGAUGCUACACGCGGUCCAUUAAGUGGCAUUUCUCGUUUAUUAGAUUUACCAAGAGUAAUGCAACGUCUUCAAGAGUCAGAAGAUCGUAGUAAAAAGAAGGAGAAAGAACCACCUGUUGUUACACCAGUAGUUCAACCCCAAGUAAAAACAUCAGUUCCUAAACGUACAACACCUACAACACAAAGACAACUUAGUGAAGAUGAUGAAAUUGCACGAAUUAAAAGGCAAAAUAAGGGAGCAUCGUCAUCAACAGAUACACCAACAUCAGAAACCCGUCCACCAGCUGAACGUGUAGCAGCAUUGAAACAACAAACAAGUGUUCGAGAUGAUAGCGAUGAUAGUCGACGCAGUGGAACGCCAGCAAAUCGCAAAGCACCUGCUUCUGAGACUGUGUCCAGUGAAGCAGAAUCCGAUGAAUCGGUUAGUUCUCUACAAACUCGAAGAACAAAUCCUGCAUCUAAAACUUCAAGUGUAUCACGACGUUCAUCGGCAACAUCCGAAACAGCAAAAAAAGCUGGACGAUCUGCUAGUUCAGAUUCCACAGCCUCCUCAGAUUCCUCUGGCUCAUCAUCAGCAGUACGAAAUACCGGUGCUGCAUAUACAACGGAAGAAGUGAAACAAAAAUAUUUACAACGUAGUGGAAAUGACAGUCCCACUGAUCGAAGUCGAUCAGAUUCAGCAAAGAAAGAUCCACCAAAGUUUCAAAGUAGAUUCUUGGGAAAUUCCACUUCGAGAUCUACACCUGCCCCUAUUGAAAAACCAAAAGAAGAAGAAGAGGAGGAAGAGGAAACUGAAACAAGUUCUGAAGAAGAAACAGAAUCUGAAGAAGAAUCCGAAGAAGAAACUAAAAAAGAUAAUAGAGAAAUGGCUAAGACUGAUAUUGGACCAUUGCUUGCUCGGAGUGCUCAAGCUAGAGAAAGCUCAGCAGAUUCUUCUAGAAAAAAUAGCAGAGACGAAUCUGGCUAUGGAAAAUCUAGGUAUAAUUCAAGUAAUGACACGUCAGCUAGCAAAUAUACACCAACAACUCGCAGUAGAACAACAGUGCAAGAAGAAGAGCCUCCAUCACGAUAUGGAAGUAGUGGUUACACAAGUCGUUUUUUAAAUAAAAGUAAAAGUUCUGCAGCAGUUCCUCCCGAAGAAGAAGAUAAAUACUCUUCCGCAUCACGCGACGAUGAAGAUAGUCGAUAUCCAAGUGGCAGAUCACGGUACAUGGCAAUGAAAGAUCGUCGAUCACGACUUGCUAGAAGUAAGAGUAGUCAUCAAUUCGGAGAUGAUGAUGAUGUUGUUCUUGAUGAACCCAUGACUACGACAAGUCCGUCCGCGUACUUAGCUUCGAAAGGAUAUGGCUCUGCAGUAUCAUCCAGUAAUGAUCUAGCAAGAAGCCGAUCCUCUCACGCUUUAAAAUCACGAGAAAAUUCUCCAGAACGAAAUACAGGUACCACUGAAAAAGAUGGUGCGGCAUUAAGUUCUUGGGCAAGGUAUUUAAAAAAUAAAUAUGGAAAUAGGAGUACAACAAAAGAUGGAGGUCGUGAUACAGGAACUAGCAGCAUUAGUUCACCAUCUUCAACUAGUGCUGCAUCUAGAAGACUUUCAUUAGGUCUACCAUUAAGAUCCGGUGAAAUUGGGAGCUCUGAUGAUGAUUCAAAAAACACGCUAGGCUCCCCCACUACCCAUACAGCAGCUACGGCAGCGGCAGCAGCCGGUAUCGCAGCGGCAACAGCAGGUACCUCCCCUAGGAGUCAAUACCUGCAGAAGCGGCGACAGCUGUUUAAAAUAGGGAGUCGGGGGAGCGAGCCCGGAUACUUUACAUGGCCCCGCGGCAUUGCCGUGGGUCCAGAUAACUCGAUUGUUGUAGCUGAUUCUUCUAAUCAUCGUGUACAAGUGUUUGAUACUAAUGGUAAUUUUAUUAAGGAGUUUGGACAGUAUGGUAAUGCAGAAGGUGAAUUUGAUUGUUUAGCUGGUGUGGCUGUAAAUCGUAUUGGUCAAUAUAUAAUAGCGGAUCGAUACAAUCAUCGUAUUCAAGUGUUUGAUCCAUCUGGAAGAUUUUUACGAGCUUUUGGAAGUCAAGGUACAUCCGAUGGUCGAUUUAAUUAUCCAUGGGGAAUAACCACUGAUGCUUUAGGAUUUAUUUAUGUUUGUGAUAAAGAAAACCACAGAGUACAGGUUUUCCAAUCUGAUGGCACAUUUGUGGGUAAAUUUGGUUCAAUGGGUAACAAACCAGGUCAAUUGGAGCAUCCACAUUAUAUCGCUGUUUCAAACACAAAUCGUGUGAUUGUAUCAGAUUCGAAUAAUCAUCGUGUCCAAGUGUUUGAUGUGAAUGGUCGUGUUAUAUUUUCAUUUGGAACAGAAGGUUCAGAAGAAGGCCAAUUUAAAUUUCCAAGGGGUGUUGCAGUGGAUGACCAAGGUUAUAUAAUCGUAGCAGAUUCUGGUAAUAAUCGUAUACAAAUAUUUACAUCAGAUGGUAAUUUCUUGCGUGCAUUUGGAUGUUGGGGUGCUGGUGAAGCUGAAUUUAAAGGAUUGGAGGGUAUUGCCGUUAUGUCCAAUGGAAAUAUUCUUGUUUGUGAUCGGGAGAAUCAUCGUGUUCAAGCAUUUUAAUACUUUGAAACUAAAUUAUAAAUUAUAAUAUUAUUUAACACAUUUUUUUUCUUUUUUGUU